GCAGGCGGUGGCCGGGUGGGCGGAUCACGAGGAGAAGGGUGGAGAGAAAAAAAGUGCCCGGGCUAGAGGAGGAGACGGCUGGACUGGGAAGUGGUGCAAAGGGUGGGCGGCUCGGAGCCGGCUUUCGGGUCCUGCAGGUAGAUCCGGGUCUGGGCAAGGCGGUGUUGGCAGCUGAUUGGGAGAAAAGAGGCUGGACCAAGGAAAGAAGCCAGAGCCGAUUUUAAUACUGGCUGGGCUUAGCCAAGCACAACAGGGUCCUGAUGGGUGAUUCAGGAUCGAGGCGUUCAAUCAUUGUGUCCCGUUUGCCAAUAUUCCGGCGAAGUAUUAACCGAAGACAUGAUUCCCUCCCAUCAUCACCAACUUCCAACAGUACUGUUGGGGUUCACAGCUCUUCUCCCUCCAGCACCAACUCUAGUUCAGGUAGCACAGGCAAACGCAGGAGCCUCUUCCGCACACCUUCCAUUAGCUUCCACCACAGGAAGGGGAGUGAUCAGAAAACCGAGUCUUCGUGCCAGAAUGUGGGCAUUUUGAAUGGUGCGCAGUCUAGCCACAGCACUUUGCAAAAGCUCGGUUUGGAGGAACACGUGAAGAACAGAGGGAGGCAUUCCGUUGGUUUUGGAAGUUCUCGAAAUAAAAAGAUAACAAGGUCCUUGACAGAGGACUUCGAAAAGGGGAGGGAGGCCUCAACCAAUAAGAAUGUUUUCAUAAAUUGCAUAAGUUCUGGGAAGAAUGAAGGUGAUGACUCUGGCUUUACAGAGACCCAAAGCAGGUCUUCUGUUAAACAUUCCUCAAGGAAACUUCUCCCCAAGUCGUUCUCAACACACUACAGAUUCUCAAAGCCAGUCCCUCAGAGUCAGUCAGUUUCCUGUGUGCAACCAUCUUCUUGCUUGUUGGAUAUUAAAUCCAAUGUUGAAAGUGAUCCUGUGUCUGCAAAGUCCUCUCCUUCAGAAUGUAUAGGCAGCUCUUUGCAAUCACCAAUGCUUUCCACUGACUUGACAACUGUACAGACACCAUCCGAGUUUCUAGCAUUGACCGAAGAUUCUGUUUCUGAGGUUGAUGGGCUGCCCACCUGUGGAAAUUUGCACCCAGAAACCUUGGCCCACAAUGUGUCUACCUCUCAAACCUUUCCUAAUCCCAUUGCUGCUGCUCCUCUUUCAAGGAAAACAAACCUUACGGAAAGUAUUUCCCCUUGUGCUGAAACUUACAGGUCUAGAAAUGUACUGCUCAGUGAAGCUAGUGCUUUCUCAGAAAUCCUUGAUUCAAGUCGAAAGCAUACAAAAGUAUUAUUGCCAGAGCUCUUUGCUAAACAGACCAGCCAUCCAGAAGAUGUAAACUCAGGAGCUAAAGCACAAUUAAAAGCCUUUGUCUUAAACCAGGGAGAAAUAACUGAAUGUUCUCCAAAAGCACAAGGAUUACAGAGGGACCAACAAAAAGCAAGAAUAUCUGAACAUGUAAGAGAAACCUUUCCAGGAACUGAAUCUAAGAUCACUCCUUUGUCUUCUGAACUUCAGUCCUUUCAAACACAGCAGGGAAAUGAAAUAAACCAUGCAAAGGUGAGUCUUCCUAGUAAUUUUAGUCCAUUUCGAGAAGGAAGAUUCAUAGAGAAGCGUCUAAGAUCCUCUUCAGAAGGCACUGCUGGGAACAGCCGGAUGAUCUUAAAGCCAAAGGAUGGAAACCCAGAAGAGCUGAAUUGUUUAAGAAAACAGAGGACAAGCUCAUCAUCUUCUAAAAUGAAUAGCUUG